GUUUUUUUGCCGUACGUCACUUCCUCCCUCCUCUCUCGCUUCCAUCUUGCUCCCCGCAUGUGUCUGCUGUUAGUUUACAGGUCAGUGAGGAGCUUUAAAUAACUUCUUCCCUGCACUGUUUCUCCCCGAAACGACGGCAAGAGAUGAAAGAAUCAAUUAUGAAUCAAGAAAAACUUGCUAAACUACAGGCACAAGUCCGCAUCGGCGGAAAAGGGAGUGCCCGCAGAAAGAAGAAGGUUGUACACAGAACAGCAACCGCAGAUGACAAGAAGCUCCAGUUCUCCUUAAAGAAACUCGGCGUUAACAAUAUCUCUGGGAUUGAGGAGGUUAACAUGUUUACAAAUCAAGGGACAGUCAUCCACUUCAACAAUCCCAAAGUGCAGGCAUCCCUCGCAGCUAACACCUUCACCAUCACUGGCCACGCUGAGACCAAGCAGCUGACCGAGAUGCUGCCGGGCAUCCUGAACCAGCUGGGAGCCGACAGCCUGACCAGCCUCAGGAGACUUGCUGAGGCCCUGCCCAAACAGGCUGCAGAUGGAAAGGCGCCGAUUGCAACAGUAGAAGAAGAAGAUGAAGAUGAUGACGUUCCAGACCUGGUGGAGAAUUUUGAUGAAGCGUCUAAGGAUGAGGCUAACUAGAGGAAAUGGGACUCCCUGAAGUGUCAAAACUUGACAGGACCAUGUGAGGCAUGAGAUGUUGUUCUAUUUGGAGAGGUGGAAAGUUGAUUGUUAAAAUACCUGAGAGAAGAUGGAUAAUCUGUCAACUUUCGGCUGUGAGCAUUCUGUCAAAUGUGCAACACCUGGGGGGGAAAAAAGUACUUGCCUACUCUUAAGGGAAUUAUUUUUGAGUACCCUUUAUAGAAUAGUACUCUUAAUUAUUAAAAAACAGGAGUAGCAGUAUUUAAGCCGAAUGUAUUUUAGUACUCAUUCCACUUCUUUUCCACCCGACUCCCCAAACCAUUGUUGUGCUGUGUAUGUCCAGUAAGAGUGAGAUAUUGUGUGUAAAACUUGGCGUACAAGUCUCCCGCUGUGCAUCUUUUUCCUCCAUUUUACUGAACCUUAAUUCGUUGUGGCCUCACUCCAACCACCAUAUCUGGAAUCAAAUAAACCUUUGCUACUGUCAA